AUGGACGAUGUGAUUAUGUUGUUGUGCUGUUUCCGGUCCACGAAUGUCGCAUACAAUCUGAAAUCCCCUUACGCAUUUGUCAAUUUGAUUAAUUUUAUGUGUGAUAAUUUUGAUGGUCUUACGUCGGUUAAUGUUCGAUUGUUCUUCAAUGCUCCGGGUUACAAAAAAAUCUCAUUACAAAAUGACAUAGAUAUGCAAAAUAUGGUUCACCUUGCAUCCUCUUUUCGUUUACAACUAAUCGAGGUUAUGGUCGAGUCACACGAUGAUGUCAGUGUAACAGCAGACGAUGAUUUUGUGGACACCAUACCAAGCCUCGGCACGCGUGGAACCAAACGAUCUGUUCACCAGAUUAGCAACAAGCCUGAUAUUGAUUUGUUGCCAAACUACUGUCCACAUGAUCAUAUUGAAUUCAAGUACCUCAAAAAUGAUACAGUUAGAAUUACCGCUGCGUGUUCGUUGCGAGAGUCAAAGGGUUGCACAUGGUUGGUACAUGCGCGAGUUUUGGACGCUAAUGGUUUUUUCUACCUUCGCAAAUGGAACAAUGAACACAUUUGGGGCGUCGCUGUUCGUACAGUCAACAACUGCCGUUUGGGAUCAGACUUGGUCUCCGACAUCUUCGCACAUCGUAUCCUCGACAAGCCUUUGACUAGGCCUACUGAUGUUGCAUUUGAUUUGAAAAAAAAUUACGGCCUCGAAAUAAGUUACCGCGUAGCUUGGUUAGGUGUCAAAAAAGCCAGAGGCGAGUUAUUUGGGGCACAAAAUGCAUCUUUUGAUCAGCUACGGUGGUACAGUGGGGCCGUAACGAAACACAACCCGAGUACUUAUAUCAAUAUUGAUUGUGAUGAGCAUGACAACCGGUUUGAACAUUUUUUCAUAUCAUUCAAAGCAUGCAUUGACGGGUUCAAACAUUGCCGACCAUUACUUUUUCUAGAUGGCACUUUCUUGAAGGGGAGGUUCAAAGGGAAUUUACUUGCUGCUACAUCUAAGGACAGAAACCGAGGAUUGUUUCCAGUCGCAUUUGCAAUUGUCGGGGCAGAAAACGCAACAAACUGGUCAUGGUUUUUGCAACAUCUUCGUAAUGCGCUCGGUGAUGACAGAACGUUUACAUUCAUAUUAGAUCGGCAUGUUGGCCUCAUGGAGGCAAUGCCCAUUAUCUUCCCAAAUGCUCACCACGCGUUUUGCAUGCAACACCUUCAGAGGAACCUUACAGACAAACUGAAAUAUAUGAACAAUUUCCAUCGGAUUGGGUUGAUCACCAAGUUUAACAACUGCGCUUACGCACCGACUGUUACUGCAUUUGAAGAGAUGGUAGAAAAGUUCACCAAUUCCGAUAAGAAAAUUGCAAUCGAUUUCUUCAAAAAUCUACCCCCACAACAUUGGGCAAAUGCUUAUUUCAGGUCCGUACCUUUACAUGUUCCACUUGUAUAUGAACAGUACAAAACAUUGACCGCGUCGUGUUACAUUAAAUUAUCUACACUAAUGCCGCUGUUAUAUUAUGAAACACAUUGCAAUACAGAGGUAACUGGUACGGCAAGAUGUCCUCCAAUGCCGCCGAAUCCUUCAACAACUGAAUUUUCGAGGCACGUCACCUCCCGAUAACCCGUUUGGUGGACAGUAUAAGGGCACAAAUAAUGCGACAAAUGUCAACCAGGCGGGAAACGUCACAAAAAUGGCAUGGUCUGUUAUGCCCAAAAAUGGAAAAACUCCUAGAAAAGUCAUACAAUGAUGGGAGGUCAUGGACUGUAAGCCAAUCAAGCCCCACCGUGUACGAGGUACACUCACACCCGUCCGUAAUGGUCGAUGUUGACAGCCGCACAUGCUCGUGUUUCCAGUGACAGAUUAACGAGUUCCCAUGCUCACAUGCCAUUGUUGCCGCUCGGAAAAGUUGACAAGAUUUGUACACAUUAAUUGAGCCUUACUUCUAUGCCUCAGAAUAUCGCUUGUCAUACAGCCCAACGAUUACACCAAUUCUAACAGUGGAACAACUACCCAUCGACACACACAAUUUGAUCAUACUGCCACCUGCUGUCAAACGACCACCUGGCAGGCCCAAGAAGAAGAGGAUACCGUCACGCGGUGAGGAAGUCCAACCAAUACGUUGCAACAGGUGCGAUCGCAUUGGACACCACAACCGAAAGACCUGCAAAGAACCGAUAUAGUAGAUCAACCCAAUCAUGUGGAAACACACUAUUUGACACUUUUAUUACUUUACUUUUCCCAGUUAAUAAUCAUGGGUUACACAUAUUCUCCAUGUAUGCAUUUAAUUUCCAAGUACUUUCCGCAUUACUUUAUUUUUCCCAGUUAAUAAUCAUGGGUUACACAUAUUUCCCAUGUAUGGAUUCAAUUUCAAAGUACUUUUCGCAUUGUGGACAAUGUUCCAUAACAGUGCCCCAUUCAUAAUGUAG